UAGAAAAUAAAUAGUACUAAACUUUUACUUCUUGAUUUUUGAUUUGUACGAGAUUACGAUACGAUGAUCUUAGCAGCGGCAGAGAAGCUUGUUGGAGUAAUAGGGCACUUGUUUCCUCCGUUCCGACGAGUAUUCGAACAACACUUGUUUCCUCCGUCACAACACCACCGCCAAAGAAGAUUAGUUUUUUAUGAUGAUGAUGAUGAUGUUGAUGAUGAUGAAGGAAACAAUUACAAUAAUAGACAAAUGUGGGUUAUUUGUCCAUUCAAUGAUUGUUCAGUUUCAUUGCUGAAUGAUGGGUCUGAAAUUGUGAUAAAUGCAGAGUGCCCUUCUUGUCACAGACUAUUCUGUGCAAAUUGUAAUGUUCCGUGGCAUUCAGAACUCAACUGUCAACAAUUUCAACAAAAAUUGAAAUUCUCUCAGUAUGAAAUCGUUGAUUCUCGCUGAAACUACAUUCCAAAGAAGUGAAAAUUUGUUUUUGAUGAUGAUGAUAAGAAGAAGAAAAAGGCCGCCAACUGUUCGACGAAUUGUUCUUUUGAAAAAUGUUGUUUAGAAUUGAAGGUUGAAGAAAAAGAUUUGCAAGCUUCUAUUAUUGGGUGCCAAAAGACUACUUAUUGCCCUUUUAAGAAUUGUUCAAUUUUGUUGGUGAAUGAUGGGGAUGAAGACUGCUUAGUUGUUUAGCAACUAAGCCGGAGUAUAAUGGAGUUUAAUUGUCCAAAUCCAAGAUGUUUCGAGGAGCUGAAGCCGCAACAUUUGCAUCCCAUUUUGCCCCAAGAAGUCAUUGUUUGAUGGGAAUCUGAAAGGCUAUAGUCUUACAUUGCCUGGUGAUCUGAAUUAAAAGGUGUUCUAGGUUUACAAUGAUUUAUUUCUUUUUGGAUAUAUUGGUUUUUCUUUUUUCAAUGUUGAUAUCAAAUUCUGCCUACUAGGCUUUAGUUUUAUGUUUUAUAUACACAUGAGGCAGUUUCAAUCAAUAAAUAUACACCAUUUUCU